UUGUAUAGCCUCUUGGCUAGUUUUGUAGCCGACUUGGUUGGUUUUGAAAAUGGUGUUUUUGUACAAGUGUUGAUAAAUGAGUGUCAGCGGAGAGGUUGCAUUCACCUCACCCCCUUCCCCUUUGCUAAAGAUAAGGAGUCUGUUUAUUUUGGCACAGCCUAGUUACACAGGAGAGAAGACAAGAUUGCAGUUGAACUCCCCCCACACCCUCCCCGUUGUAAGCAUCUCCCUCCAGCUGCUCUGAAUCAGACAUCAGCAUGCAGGGAGGGAAGAAGUCAGUCGGUCUGUGCUAAGGAAACAGCAGCGGUACCUGUCCUUUCACACCUACAAGAGCAGGAGGGUGGAAGUCAGUGAAAAGGGAGAGUAGCACCACCCAGUCGCAGGCUCACUGACACCUACACAAGCAGUAGCGCCGGCACAUUGACACCUGCAGCAGGAGGAGGAGGCGCAGAACUAAGUUGCCGCUGUAGAGCAAGUGAUCCCUGUGCGAAUAGCGACUGCAGCUUUGCUCUAGUACUGAAUGCUGCUCUGUGAAGGUCUGUAGGGGUUGGCCCAUAGUGCCGCAGAUCUCCCAUCACCCUGUCCACUGGAAACGAUCAUUUUUGUUUGAAGCCCACACAGAGCGACAGUCCAUUAGAGUUGCGUCAGUCGCACCUGAGAUCAUAACUACGAGGCUGCGCGCACGAUGCUCUGUCGAUCUACUACUUAUCGCACCAGCUCAGUUUAAACAAUCGCAUCGAGGCCGCUAAUUAGACUUUCCAAGCGGUCCUCAUGGAGCCCGCGCUAGAGGUGUCGGGAUGGCCCUGCGCUGGGCGCAAGAGCGAUGACAAUGCGGUGUUACACGGCGCCAUGCUGGAACUGCGCUCCGAGAUGAACAACUUCAGGCACGGGGUAGAGCGGCAGCUGGAGGACGUGCUAAGACUUGCCGGGCCGCUUUCUAGGUCGGUCACUGAUCUGCAGUGCGAGAACCGGCGGCUCCGGGAGCAAGUGGACAGGUUGAGCCGACAGGUGGAGCUGCUGAGUCGGGCUGCGGGGCUAAAUGAGGAAGGACCGACCCGCUUCUCUAGCCACGCCCUGCUGUCACUGUCCCCAAAGGUGCAGACUACUGUGCCAGAGGCAGAGAAUGAUGUGGAAACUACAUGCACUACGGCCUCCGUGGUGGUGGAAAAUGGACAUAAAUCACUUCCAGAUAAAGACAAAAUCUCUCCGGAUAGUAGCACUGUAGCACCUGUCUCCAACCCGCGCACCCCCUCGCCAACCCCCGACGUGAGAAUGCCACACAUGCCCGUUACUGCUGUGAAAAAAGUGGUUGGAGAAGCGCCUCCCAGUGUAAGCAAUGGCAGCAGCCGCCAGUAUGGACAGGAACCCAAAAGUUCAACAGAGGCAUCGCCAAAGCAAAGCAAUACACCAAGUGCUGUAAGGACAUGGAAUGCCAGCAUUGUCAGGACAAUGGGUGUCUCCAACAGCUCAGAAAAAACUGUAUCUGCAACAAAGACAACUCAAAGCUACAGCAUGGCAAGUUCUACAGUGAGCAGUGAGAGUUCUGACAGAUACUUUGAUGUUACUCCCAAAUCCCACUCUCCACCACCAGUCAUCAGCUGCCAAGCUGAGAAGAAACGGGACCUGGUAAGAUCCCAGACAUUACCACGUUCUGCCGGCACCCAAGUACGCAAGGCUUUCUUUGAGAAGUUUGAUCAAGACAGUGCCAAGGGCAAGGGAGAAUCCAAGGUGAAACUAAAGCGCUCUCAGAGUUUUGGUGUUUCCAGCGCAACCAGCAUUAAGCAGAUUCUACUGGAAUGGUGCCGUUCCAAAACUAUUGGCUACAAGAACAUUGAGCUACAGAACUUCUCAUCCAGCUGGAACAAUGGAAUGGCUUUUUGCGCCCUGGUUCACUCAUUCUUCCCAGAAGCCUUUGACUAUGAUGCUUUGGAGCCUAGCAACGCCAAGCAUAAUUUUGAGCAAGGUUUCUCCACAGCAGAGAAAUUUGCUAACUGUGAGCGUCUUAUUGAGGUAGAAGACAUGCUGAUGAUGGGAAGGAAGCCAGAUCCAAUGUGUGUGUUUACUUAUGUGCAGUCAUUGUACAACCACCUGAGACGCUUUGAGUGAGAGCUAUGUCCCGACGCCUUCACAUGUUUUUACAUUAUACAGCACCCUCUGUCCCCCACCUGCUCCUCUGCUUCUGCGACCAGCACCCGUCCGACUUGAUGACAGCAAGAGAGACUCACACAUGCUCCUAUCUGUCUCUGCUCCACUCACACUAUGGCCUGCAUCAAGCAGCAUUACAACAAAUAAGACAAGACUAUUCACAAGGUGCUGGGGACAGACUAUUUUUACCAGAUUGUUUACUGUUAGUACUAUGUAAAUGGCCUAUAUUGGUCCCUUAUUUUAAGACUGCUGCUGUGUUUUAGUGACACUCCUGAAAGUCCACUGUCUGUUUGUACUGUGCACAUGGAAUCACUAGUGUUCAAAUAAGACUAUGGGCACUCUUCUGUUCUGUUUUCUUCUUUAGUAUCCCUGUCUGGUUGCAAUGGCUGGGCUUGUGCAUGUAGAAGGAAGAAAAUGCUAAAUCAUGAGUUUUCUUCUAUAAAUCCAUGGGAAUGCUGUCAUACACUGUAUUAAAAAGAACUAAACAUUAGUGGGCUUGAUGUUAUGCAACUAUAAUGCCCCGUAGCCUUUGCCUGUCUUCAUCUGUUAGUGGAUCAUGGGGUUGUUCCUGGAGAGCUGUGCACUGCCUAUACCUGCAUUAAUAAGAAUAUGCUUACAUUUAAAAUGAAUGAGCUCACUCCCCAAGAUAUACAGUUUGCCCCUUUUAAUCAAAAGAGUAGAACCUUUAUUUUAUUAUGUAGUUUUGCAGAAUAUAGCCCAGAAUGGUAUUUAGUGAACUUUCACUUUUCAAUCCUUUUGUACUUGUGUGCAAAAUCCGCCAUAGAAAUAAACGGUCGGUGGUUCAGAUGUGUUACCAGAGUUUCCUAAACAUAAUGGAUAGGUCCUAUUCCAGUAUGUGACACUAUUGCAACUUGUGUAUAUUUUUAGAUAGAGCUAUUAAUGUGCCUUAUCUUAGAUCUUUAUAUAUGAGCAGGCACAGAGAAUGGCUAGCUUAGUAAAGGAACACUGUAUUACCAUGAGUAACCCUUUCAUAUCUAGAGAGACACCGAAUACCCCAGGCAACAGGCCACAAAGUUAUAGUCUAUUAUUAGCAUAUGCAGGCAAGGAUCUCUCAGCAGGAGGGAUGGUAUGGAGUCAAGUGCCAAGAAGGCAGUCUUCUAUUUGUAUCUU